CGUCCCACCUGCUCCAGCGCGAGUCCGCACGCGUCGCGCCGCGCAGCGCGCCAUGGCCUCUCGGGUGACCGCCCUGCUCCUGCCUCUGGCCCUGCUGCUCCAUGCCGCCGCGGCCGCCGGGCCAAGCCAGUUGCGCAUGUCGCCGCCGACGGUGGUCGCACAGCUGGACAUUCAGAAAGUGGAGCUGCAGUGCGAGGUGCUGCUGUCCAGCGCGGCGCCGGGCUGUUCCUGGCUCUACCAGAAGAAUGAACCUGCCGCCCCCCCCGUCUUCCUCAUGUACCUCUCCCAAAGCCGGACCAAGUUGGCGGAAGGGCUGGACUCCAAACAGAUCUCGGGCACGAGGACGCGUGACAACCUCUACAGCCUCACCCUGCAGCGCUUCCGCAAGGAGGACGAAGGCUACUAUUUCUGCUCUGUCCUGAGCAACUCCAUGCUGUACUUCAGCCCCUUCGUGCCGGUCUUCCUGCCAGUCAAGCCCACCCCGACGCCCGCGCCGCGACUACCCACGCGGGCGCCCACCAACGCGUCGCAGCCGAUGUCUCUGCGCCCGAGAAUCUGCCGGCCUGCGGCGGGCAGCGCAGUGGAAAAAAGUGGGCUGGACUUCGCCUGUGAAAUCUACAUCUGGGCACCCCUGGCCGGCACCUGCGCCAUCCUUCUCCUGUCACUGGUCAUCACCGUCAUCUGCAACCACAGGAACCGAAGACGGGUCUGCAAAUGUCCCAGGCCCAUGGUCAGACCAGGAGGCAAGCCCAGCCCUUCAGAGAAAUACGUCUAACAUGGAGAUGGGCCCUGUACGACAGCCACUACAAGACCAAACAGCACUCUCUCUGUGAGAAUAGCAACAGUCCUUCCUUCCUUAUAUAUCCAUUCUAUUAUUUUUUGGGGGGGGUGGGGUGGAAAGGGUGACUUC